AUGACUGUUCGUCUGCGACUCGCCGUGCAUGGCGCCCGACACAACCGCAUUUUCCACAUCGUCGCCAUAGACAUGCGCCAUCGACGCAAUGCCAAACCAAUAGAGACACUGGGGGUGUUCGACCCCCGCCUCAAGCCUGGCGAGACUACGAAGACGAUCGAGUGGAGUGCAAGCCGGAUAAAGUACUGGCUUGGGGUGGGCGCGCUCCCGAGCAAGACAGUCACUAAACUCUUGACAUUGGUGUGUGCACAAGCACGUAUUUCGUGGGGGACGGGUGACUUAACUGUCGAACAGGGCGGAGUUAUUCCCCCACAUUCACAGUAUCAUGUCAACGAAACCUACUCUUUACCUGAAGGUGUCAGCACCUCGGCCGUGACUUCAGAAAUCAAGGCACGUCUACCCAAAAACACACCGGCGUCACACGAAGAUACGCAGGCCCCUUCCCUGAGCACGCGGUCGUCAGGAGACGAGCAGAGGUCAUAG